AUGCCGUCAUAUGGUCGAGCCUUUGGACAUUGCCAGCAAGUGUCCGACCCAGUCACCGAUAUUGCGGUGCUAUCUACGCUACAGACUCCACUAACGAGUAUUCCGAUGCUUUUAUUCGCUGUCGGUGCCUCCUUAGCGGGGCUGCUGGGCACAUGGUUCGGUCGAAGACACAUGAUCCAAAUGGCAUGUGGGUUGUGCAUCCUCUCCGCUGCCGGUAUGCUGGGCACUGGUGGGAGCUUCUUGAACUACAUGGUCGGCAAGCGUAUUGGUGGGAUUGGGAUAGGCCAACUCCAGGCGGUGGCUAUCGUCUACGAUUCGGAAUGUACAUCUCCCAGCAAGCGUUGA